GAUGAGCAGUGCAGGGGAUAUUAGUGAUGUUAGAGAGAGAGGGGGUGGGAGGCGCGGAGCUCCUGUCUCUCCAACGGCAGACGCACAGCGCUCCUGAUCGCACUCUAGAUGCCUUUACAGCAGACGCACCUCUGUCAACUGUGAUGAUCGUUCCCCUCCCUCUCUUGUGCAGCGGAAGGCGAGAAGACUCCGAGGUUUAAUGCCAUUGCAGAACACGUGGAGAGCCUCUGUACUAGUCCCCGCGGCCGUGCGCCUUCCCUCCCCUCCCUCCCCCGCUGCCAUGGAGGAGCGCGCAGGCGGUGGUGCAGCGCUGGGGAAAAUGAGCGAGAGGUGCAGAGGAGGCAAUCAAUGAUUGCGCGGAGAGCUCCUGCGCGUCUUGGCAAGGUCGGAGCCGAGCGUGGAUGAGAUUAUGUCCGAGUGGAGACAGCAAGGACGGACUUUUCUGCUUCCUCUCCGGGGAUGCCCCCUGAAAAAACAAAAAAACAACAACAAGAGUUUCUCCCUCAGAGGCGACGAAGACCCCUUUCCCUCCGUUUGCGCGAUCAUGCUUGAGCCUGUAUUUGUGACAAUCUCUUGUCGCUCCCACCUGGGAGAUGAAGUUUCCUCGCUUUGGAUGAUUUGUCGGUUCUGUCGCUCGCUGCCGAGGCUACCUAAGGUGAUUUAGAGGCUGCAGCAGCAGCAGCAGCAGCAGCAGCAGCAGCAGCGGGGGAUCCAGCUGUGUUUACUGGACGGUACGCAUCUGCCGCUGUCGCUGUCCAUGGUGCUGAAUCCGGGCUCCAGGAAUGGUGGAGACGCUGAGUAUCGCAGUGAUCGGUGCUCCCGGAGUGGGCAAAACUUCUAUAAUCCGCCAGUUCAUCUAUAACGAUUUCUCGGAGGCGUACACGCCGACCAGGAGCAGAUAUGUAUACAGACCCUCGGUCAUUCUGAACGGGAACAUGUAUGAGUUAAAGGUUUUGGACGUCCCGCCAAUCUCCUCCUUCCCAGCAAGUGCCAGUCAGGAAUGGCUGGAUCUGCGCUGCAGAGGCGUCCGCAACGCCAACGCUUACAUCCUGGUGUACGACAUCUGUUGUGUGGAGAGCUUUGAAUACGUGAAAAUGAUCAGACAGCAGAUAGUGGAGAACAGGGAAGGCAGCAGCAGCGAGGUGCCAAUCCUAGUGGUGGGUAACAAGCGGGAUCUGCAGAGGCAGCGCUUCAUGCCCCGCAGGGCCGUGUCAGUCCUGGUGAAGAAGACGUGGAAGUGUGGCUACGUGGAGUGCUCUGCCAAGUUUAACUGGCAUGUGGUCCUGCUCUUCAAGGAGCUGCUGGGCAUCGCCGUGGCACGGGGCAUGCGCCAGAACCAUACUUCCACCCGUCUGCAGGGGGCGCUACAGAGGAAUCGGUGCACAGUCAUGUGACCCCUAGAGCUUCCUCCACCCCUUCUCAUGUCUGUGGUGUAGCAGACCCUGGAGAAAAGUACUCUUUAUCGUAAUGGCUGGAAAAAUACCCCGUGGCCUCCUGCUUAACUGAGCUGAUUUUUCAUGAGGUUUAUUUGACUCUGCGCUGUAACAGACUCUGAAAUUCCACACAUGCUCAUCUAACCACUUCCUAGUCUAAUCCUGUGUAGAAAGGAGGAAGCCGAUAGAAGCAACAGCAACUUGAGAUCCAACAGAGUUAUGUUUCCACACAUCAGCCUGAAGGCUAAACAUUUCAGGCCGGGUCUCCGAAUGUAACACGACUCAUACAUCAGGUCUGUAACUGGGCCGGACAGCAUGAAAGCUGUGUUUGUAAGACUCAAAACCAGAGAGGCAGCAAUAUUAUUGAGUCUUCCUUUUGGAUUUGUCAUAUUCAGGAUGGUGAAAAGGCACAACUACAGAUAUGACGCAUUAGGAUUUACUUUGAGAUACAAGGCCAAUAAUCCACAAUAGAAGAAGACAAAGAUAAAGAAAAAACAAAGGUGCACGUCACUGAAAAUGAUCAAUAAGAUUAUUGGUUUCGGUGAUUUAAUUCAAGAAGGAAAACUCAUCUAUCACAAAGAUUCAUUACACAAAGACUGAUAUAUUUCAAGCAUCUAUUUUCUUCAAAUUGGAGGAUUAUGGAUCCCUGUUAAUGGAAACACACAAUUUAGUUUUUAAGAAAGUUUGAAUAUUACCGGUACACAAGACUGAUUGAAAAGAUUUUUAAUGCAGAUAUGUCAAUCUAACGAAAAAUAUGCCCUAUAUUAUAUAGUACAGGCAUUCAGUGCUUAGUUGGGGUUCUUUGUGCAUAAAUUACAGUAUAAAUGUCACACGGCAUCAAGGUUACCAGCAUGUGGUUCUGCUAAGGUGUUGAGAAAGUCCAUGUUGCUUUAAUAGUAACCUUUAGCUUGUCUGCAUUGCUGGUUCUUGUGUCUCUUACCUUUUUGUCAACAAUACUCAGAAGUUUUUCUUUGGGGUUUAGGUCGGUCACAUUUUAAUUAUUUAAGCAGGUAUUUGUACUUUCAGCAGUGAUACCAAUGGCAAAUCCUACGGAAAAAUGAAAUUAUCUCCAUAAAGCAUGUCAGAAUAGGACAUUAUGACUUUGACUUUGGAUUUAAGUAAACACAGUGGACCAACCCCAGCAGAUGACAUGGCACCCCAUAAUGAUAACUGCCUCUGGGAACUUCACACUGAAUUUCAAGCAUCUUGGAUUCUUUGCCUCUCAACUCUUCCUCCAGAAUCUGGAACCUAAAUUUUUGAAUGAAUUUCAAAAUCUACCUUCAUCUAAACAGAGGACUUUGGAUCAGUGAGCAACAGUCUAGUCCUCUUUCUACUCGGACUAGACAGGAUGCUUCUGUCAGGAGUGGGCUUAUAUGUUUUUCUUCUUUUGGACACGUGAUACAAGAGUCUUAGUUCACAUACUGAAUAUUUGCAUAUAUGACUGGAGAUUCUUGAGGUAUUAAUUUCAACUGCCGUCUACAUCUUGUGAAUCUUUCCUGAACUCUUGAAUGGGCUUCACUUUACAACCUUCUCAAGACUGUGGAGAAUUUAUCUGUUCUCCACGCUAAGUUCUUGAUGUACGAGGUUGAAGAAGAGUCAGUGAGUUGAAUUCAUGAAUUCCAUUUAUUAAUACCAAAAUAUAGCUGGUCCAUUUUUCAUGCUACCUUUAGGAGUUAGCAGGACAAAAUGGCAACAAGUAACAGUUGGUAACUUCCUUUGUUAGCCUCCGUUAGCCGGCGUUCCCUAGUGUGUCAUAUCCUCUUCCUUUAACUUUGAAGGCGUUUCCUAACAUGUCAUUUCCUUUAGCCUUAGCUUUGCAGCUAGUUAAAAGAGACAGAAGAAAAACACAGAAUUACUUAUUCUCAACAGUUGAAAGAUAUUUCUUUGGCUUGUGCACCAUUCUCAGACACGCUUUUUCUUUACACUCAACUUUCCAUUAAAUGCUUGGGUGCAGCGUUCUACGAACAGCCAACCUUUGCGGCUUACUUUCCAGUUACUGUUUGUUGAACAACAAUCAUGACCACACCAAAACAUUUCUGUAUUAGAAAAUAAAUUUUUAUUGCUGUUUAGUUUAACUCAUUUUUUGAGAAGCAAAAGUUUAGAUUUCUAUUUGAUGUAAACUAUAAUCAUCUAAAUUGACCAAACUAAAUGCUUGAAAUAUAUCAUACGGAAUGUAGUGAAUCUAUGUAAUGUACAAAUUCCACUGCUUUAAUUGAAUUGCUGCAGUAAAUUAAAUCUUCUAGAAAGGUUUUCUUAAAAUGUACAUAGAUAUGAUUAGAUGGUAUUUUAUUUUAGGUCUGAUGAAUUAGCCUGCAAUAGACAUUCUUUCCCUGACUCUGAUACAGAUUAGGGUAAAGGUUGUUCGUCCCCACCAAGGGUGUUUUAAGGUUGUCUUGCAGCUGAAAAUACUGCAGUCCCUUAUUAUGACAAACUGUGCGGCUUUACACUACUGUCUGCCCUCACUCAGACUCUGCUUCUGCAGAGUAUAUUGAAACUAGGGACAUGCAGGAGCAUAAAAUAAGAACCUGUGCUAGCAUUGUGUAUGUGUGUGUGCUUAAUGUACUUUAAUUGUGGGCCCUGACAGAUUUGUGGGGACCAAAAUUCUGGACCUCAGUGGACGUUGGCAUCCCCAUGAUGGUAGGUGUUAAAGUGUAUGCAGGUAUCUAUGUGUGAAGGAGAGGGCAAGCCAAGGCAAAGGGAGGCGGUUUGAUAACUGACUUUCAGGCAGGUAAAGGACAAACACAGCAAGAUAGGGAAACAGAUGCUGAUGCUUUGGAUUUGAAUGGAGCAAUAAACCCCUGCAGCGAUGCCCUAAAUCGACUACACACCAAUAUAUCAUAUUGAAAAUGCCUCUUGCAGUCGCUGUAAUCCGUGUGCAAUGCACUCUUGCAUCCUAUAAAAGUGCAUAAACACAGCUCAGUGGCUUCUACAUGUACCAUCCAGGAUGCAAAUGGAUCAUUACUAAAGCUUUAACAUCACUAUUGGAAUAGCGUCAAAAAGGCAAUGUUGUGAGCAACUCUUAUUUCCUUUGACUAGAUCAAGGUAGGUACUUUGAGAACACAACCGACCAAUUUGUAUAUAAGAAAAGCUCCAGAGGGAUCAUCUUGCAUGCUAUUGUUGGUAAAAAUCCAACAGGUCAGGGUUUAAUUGCACUGAUGUGAAAAUGUGAUCUUGUGUUUAAUUAUUUUUUUUGUACUACAUGGUUUCCUGGCUCCACAGUGAGCAGCUGAGUGUAUGAAUGUUGUCAUUUUCAAAGGCAUGUGAGAGCACAAGCUCAUGAUUUCCUCCAAAUGUAGUGCUAAUCCUUCAGUGGGGCCAGAUGGUUGCAUUUUUUGUAGUAGUACAAAAAACUGAGAGAAAUAUGUAGCAGAGUAAUGAGAAAGCAACUGUGUGUAGCAUGAGUUCCCAUCAGUUUGUGUGUGUGUGUGUGUUUCAGAAUUAAAAGGGCUACUGUUUGUUUCGGUUUUUUCAAUCUGAAACCUUGUCUUUAUUUUUAAGGUGUUGGUACUCUGAGUAUUUUGUUUUUCUUUUUUGACAUAUGAUGAAUAAAUAAAUGCAUUUGAGAAUGGCAAUCUUGUUUGGAUUACUUCUCAAUCAUUUACAAUGAUCAUGACAAAUUAAGCAUAAUUAUGACAACAAUGCCAUCUUGUGGUAAAGCAAUGCUAUCUGGAGCCAGAGAGAAGGGAGACAACAAAUAUCUGAUGAAAACGUGCCUUGC